AUGUUUACCACUUCAAUUCCCUCCAAGCUCAUCAAGUUGGGGAACGAGAUUUUGAUCGAAGAUUAUACCACAGGCAAAACUUUAGUCGCUGUCAUGACAUGGGUGUUAUAUGAUUACCUGUUGAGUUUCGCACUUGAGGUGGAUUAUAUCUGGUGCACUAUACUGCUGACAAAAGCUAAGUUGCGGUACCUCGGUUUGAUGCAAAUGGUGUUGAGAACAAUGAUUUGGGUUUUGAGUGCCAAGGAAUCGACUAAGGUCGUCCAUUCACAAUACUGGUCAAGCGUCUCGCACCCACAAUUACUAUGUUCACCAUGCAAGGUUUCAUCCGAUUCCUAUCACAACCUUUGGGUUCUCACGUACUACCGACGCCUUGUAGGAAUGAUGACCGUGCGGGUAUACAUACUUCUAGGAAGGUCCCAAAAACUCUUGGCCAUACUCGCCGCUUGCUUUUUAGCUGCUCAAGGAGUUAGCGCCGUUGUCGCCAUAUACUACAUAAGAAGAAGUGCUCACUUAAUAUCUGAGUCCAGUGCUGACGAUAUUAGCGUCCAUCUAUGUGAGGUAUCCAAGUCCCACACACUUUCUUGGACGUUGACAGCAACUGCAUCAUCGCGUGUUGUAUACGAAACAAUCCUCUGCGGUCUUUCUCUGGUAUAUGUCUUUAAACACCUUCCGGAGACCACCUCGUUGCGAAGGAGCCCUGCUAGAUUCGCAAACGAGCUGUGGCUGCUAAUGGUUCGCGAUAACUUGGUUUACUUCUUCGCAGUUCUCUUUGCGCAAAUCAUCAACAUCAUAAGCAGUCCUGCAAGAUCUGAAGCGACUAAGCUCAUCUUCAACAAUAUCAGCAACGAGCUCAACGCUUUUCAGUAUGCCAUGGUUGGUCCAUGGAUGAUCAUUAGCCUUCGGAAGAGCUACGAAAAAGGCAUUGCCCAGAGGACUAUAGAGUCGCAUGGGCUUUCUGACAUAGGAUUUGCGAGCGCGAGACAGCACGAAGAGCCACAUAGACUAGAAUAA